CCGUGUCGCCGUCAGGGAAUCCAGCACCGCACCGAAGCCAGAAGAGAGGGAGCAAAACCCAACCCAGGCCGAAAGCUGCGUCCGAACCAAAACCCACCCUUUUCAUUGCGAAGGAGAUUCUUUUCUUUUUUUUUUUUAAAUAAUUUUUAUUAUUAUUAUUUUUUAAUCCUGACCCAAGGCGCAGGGGAGGAAGCGGAGUCGGGGCGGGGAGGCUUUCCCGGUUAUUUAUUUUCUCCCCCCGCAGCGGUGUCUCCUCCGGCCGCCGGCUCACCAUGAUGUUUCGAGACCAGGUUGGCGUCUUGGCCGGUUGGUUCAAGGGCUGGAACGAGUGCGAGCAGACUGUUGCGCUGCUCUCGCUCCUGAAACGCGUCAGCCGGACCCAAGCUCGCUUCCUCCAGCUCUGCCUGGAGCACUCCCUGGCAGACUGCACCGAGCUCCACAUCCUCGAAGGGGAGGCCAACAACCCCGGAAUCAUUAACCAAUGGCAACAGGAAUCCAAGGAUAAAGUCAUUUCCCUAUUGUUAACCCACCUGCCUUUACUGAAGCCCGGAAACAUCGAGGCAAAAGUCGAAUACAUGAAACUCUUGCCUAAAAUCCUGGCCCACUCGAUCGAACACAACCAACACAUCGAGGAGAGCAGGCAGCUGCUGUCCUACGCCUUGAUACACCCUGCCACCUCCUUAGAGGACAGGAGCGCCCUGGCCAUGUGGCUCAACCACCUGGAGGACCGCACGUCGGGUGGCUUCGGCAGCCAGAGCAGAGGUCGGUCGGAUUCGGUGGACUACGGGCAGACGCACUACUAUCACCAAAGACAAAACUCCGACGACAAACUCAACGGAUGGCAAAACUCUCGAGACUCGGGCAUAAGCGUCAGCGCUUCCAGCUGGCAGGACAAAAACCUGGCGUGCGAGAACGGCCAUCUGCCCCUCUACUCCUCCUCCUCUGUCCCCACAACCAUCAACACCAUCGGCACUAGCACAAGCACCAUUCUCUCAGGCCAGACACACCACAGCCCUUUGAAACGCUCUGUGUCCCUUACCCCACCCAUGAAUGUGCCAAACCAACCUCUAGGACAUGGAUGGAUGUCUCAUGAGGACUUACGAGCUAGAGGAACCCAGUGCAUCCCUUCCGAUCAUGCCCCCCUGUCUCCACAAAGCAGUGUAGCCUCUUCGGGAAGUGGUGGGAGUGAACAUUUAGAAGAUCAGCCUUCCGCUCGUAACACAUUCCAGGAGGAAGGGAGUGGGAUGAAAGAUGUCCCAGCCUGGCUGAAGAGCCUCCGGCUGCACAAAUACGCCGCCCUCUUCUCGCAGAUGACGUAUGAGGAGAUGAUGGCCCUCACCGAAUGCCAGCUCGAGGCACAAAACGUUACCAAAGGCGCAAGACACAAAAUAGUCAUCAGUAUCCAAAAGCUAAAAGAAAGACAAAACCUGCUCAAAUCUUUAGAAAGGGACAUCCUGGAAGGUGGCAACUUGCGUGUCCCGCUGCAGGAACUACACCAAAUGAUCCUCACCCCCAUCAAAGCCUACUCUUCCCAAAACUCGAGCACGGAGGAGCACAGCCGGGACGCGGACUCGCAUCACCCCUCCUCCCUGAUCGGCUCAGACAGCCAAGGCUCUGACUGCAAGGACUCUGCCGCGGGGGGGAUGCAGCAGCACCAUUUGCCGGGGUGCGAAGGCGAGUCGGGGGGGGCCCCUUUGCCCGAAGGCGACCUGCCCGGACAGUUCACCAGAGUGAUGGGGAAAGUAUGCACACAACUUUUAGUUUCCCGACCCGACGAAGAGAAUAUAAGUUCCUAUUUACAGCUCAUAGACAAAUGUCUAAUCCACGAGGCGUUUACAGAGAUCCAGAAGAAGCGGCUGCUGUCAUGGAAACAGCAGGUGCAGAAACUCUUUCGGUCUUUCCCUCGGAAAUCCCUCCUGGAGCUAUCAGGCUAUCGUCAGCAGAGGAGCCGAGGCUUUGGCCAGUCGAACUCCUUACCGACAGCCGGAUCGGCAGGGGCAGGACUGGGCCGGCGAAACCCCCGCCAGUUCCAGAUCCCCUCCCGCAACCUCCCCACCGCCCGGCUGGGGCUGCUGGGCCCCAGUGGGCUGCUGGGCACCCCCCAGCGCAGCCCCGCCGCCAGCCCCGCCAUCCUCAAGCAAGGCAGACAGAACCUCUGGUUUGCCAACCCCGGCGGCAGCAACAGCAUGCCCAGCCGGAGCCACAGCUCGGUGCAAAGGACGCGCUCGCUGCCGGUCCACACCUCCCCGCAGACCAUGCUGAUGUUUCAGCAGCCAGAGUUCCAGGUGCCGGUGACUGAACCUGACAUCAACAACAGGCUGGAGUCCCUGUGCCUGAGCAUGACGGAGCACGCGCUCAGCGGUGAGCACUCCCUCCUCCUCGGGCUCUUCCAGCACGUUCACACCACCUCCGCCGAGCCCCCCGGCACCCGCCCCUGCCCCGCGCCCCCCAAAAGCUGGGACAGGCUGUGGCUGUGAGGGAAUGGGAUGGCGGCAGGGCUGGAUGCGGGAAUGCUCCCGGGGAUGCUCCCAGGGAUGCUCCCGGCGGGGGUCGGACGGGGACAUUGGCUUCUCUCAGAGAGGUGGCCGGAGCAGAGGGGUAAAACCAAACGCAGGGAUCGCACCCAGCACUAGUGGAGUCCGUGCUUAUUAGCCACUAGUUAGCUUGCUAAUAAUAAUUAGUGUUAGCUCGCUAGUCUGUUAUUAGUUCUCGAUAAAGCCCUUGCCACUGGAGCGCUCGAAUGGUUCACAGGCUUUGGAGUAUUUCACCCUUCUGCCACCGGUGUCCCCCGUUUGGCCGGGGGGGGCGGGAGCCCCGAGGCACGGGGCUAAA